AGGAACGCAUGCGCACACCCCGCGCGGCGCAUGCCCAGUUGUUCCCCGCGCUACUGAGCCAGGACGAGGGUUGGAGAUUCACCCCACGCGGGACAACGCGGGACCGGAACAUGGCUGCGGGUGGCGGGGCUUGGGGGCUCUGGCUGCGGGGUCUGACCUGGGCCGGAGCCGCUGCUCGCUGCGCGGGGUCCGGGCCUAGCCGCGUUGCGCGGCUGCAGACUCCUGGGCAGCUGCCGGCUUGCAGACAGAAGUCAUCGGUCAGUUUCCUUAGUCGAUCUGAUCGUCCAAAUAUAGCGUAUAAUAAGAUAAAAGGCAAGAACCCAGGUGUUGUCUUCCUCCCAGGCCUUAAUUCAAAUAUGAACGGACAGAAAGCAGUUGCACUUGAGGAUUUCUGCAAAUCUCUUGGUCAUGCUUUUGUCAGAUUUGAUUAUACAGGAUGUGGAAGUUCAGAUGGUAAUCUUCAAGAGUGUACAGUUGGAAAGUGGCGGAAGGAUGUUUUAUCUGUAUUGGAUGAACUCACAGAUGGACCACAGAUUCUAGUAGGAUCCAGCCUGGGUGGAUGGCUAAUGCUUCAUGCAGCAAUUGCUCGUCCAGAAAAGGUGACCGCUCUAGUUGGAGUAGCUGCAGCUGCAGACUAUGUUGUGUCAACUUUUAAACAACUUCCCCUUGAGGCCCAAAAAGAAAUAGAAGAAAAGGGAGAAUGGAAGCUGCCAACAAAACACAAUGAGGAAGGGUUUUAUUGUUUGCCAUAUGACUUCAUUAAAGAGGCAGAAAACCACUGUCUGUUGAACAGUCCUAUUCCUAUAACUUGCCCCAUAAAACUUAUCCAUGGCAUGAAGGAUGAAGAUGUCCCAUGGCAGGUAUCCAUGGAAAUUGCAGAUCAUGUUCUUAGCAAAGAUGUGGAUGUUAUCCUCCGCAAAGUUGGUCAGCACCGAAUGAGCGAGAAGGACGACAUGAAACUUCUUGUGUACACAGUUGAUGAUUUAAUUGACAAGCUGACAACCCAAGCAUGAGUUUCAUGUUUACACUAACGCAUGAGAUUAGCACUCAGCUCUCUUCUGUGAUUGACCAAAACCUCAUUUUUGAUGGCAGUGUGAUGCUGAUGAAUCUGGAAGGGUGCAACAGUCACAAAAGAAAGGGUGUGGAGCUUUAACUUCUGUUUCCUUACCUCUGUUUUGUAAAUAAAGGUGUUUCCUUAAUGCUGCAUUUGCACAAAUGGUAGAAAAUGUGAAGAAAAUGCUGCUGUUUGUUGAAAAACUUUCCUCCGCCUUGAUUUCCUAUCACUUUUUUCACAAGUUUCCUACACUGUUUUGUACUGAAACAUGUUUACCUUUCUUAUAUUUGUGCCAAUGGUUAAUUUUUGCUACAAUUUAAACUGUACAAUGCAACUUAAUUUUUAAUUCCUCUUGACACUGUAACAUAAAUAUCGUGCUUUAUGCUUUAAGAUUAUUCCAUUUCUGAGUUAUGGAGCAUAUAUGGAGCCCUUCCACUCCAAAUAUGCUCCUGAAAUGUUCAGUGAAACUAAAGCCCCUAGAAAAAUAAUGGGGGAGCAUGCAGCAUAAUAAAGCUGGCUUCAAACUCAAAAUGACUUUUAGUAUUCAUAUUAAGUUAUAAAACAGCUAAACAAUACUUUGGUGUCCUUUGGGCAAGUUUGAUUUUUUU